AUGGAGAUUUUUGCAUCUUCUAUGCUGGGUCCAAAAGUUGUUCUUCGUAAGACCCUAAAUGUGAAAGGGUCGGGUAAGAAUGUCAUGGUGGGUAGGGUAAGUAGAAUUCAAGGGGGGAAUGUGACAGAAUCUGUCACAUGUCACCAGGAAGUGUUCCCUGUUAUGCUAUACUUUUGUCAUUACAUUCCCAUGGUGAGGGUCUAUAAUGUUGAAAUACUUACCCUUCAAAGAAUCAAGAUAAAUCAAGCUGUUGAUGUGUGUCACAUUGACACUUCUUCAUGGAGCCGUAGCCAUCCGGCUUUUCUUGAACUUGGCUCGGCUCCAGGUGAAAUUGAAGUUUGUCACUGGAUAUUCCAGAAUGACAUAUCUUGGACCGCUGAUGCCAACUGA